AUGCGAGUCUUGCUGACGCUUUGGGGCUGCUUGAGCCUGUGGCUGGUGCAGACGGAUGCUCAAGGAUUUAUUGCUCCGCCAAGUGCAGGAAUACCUAAUGGGCCGCCUGGCUUAUACAAUGCACAUCGUCGUCAAUUGAAUUUGCAGAAUUAUAAUCAACAGAACUUUGUCCAAGCUGGCGUAGAGUUGCCCAUACCAACGCAGCAUACGCAGCGCCAGCAUCAUCCACAACAGCAAUAUCAGCAGCAGCAGCAGCAACAUCAUCAACAGCAACAUCGCUUUGCGCCUUUCCCACAGCAGCAGCAGCAGCAGCCGCAGCAAUCGCAUAGCAAUCAACAGUUCCAACGCUCUACGCAGAAUCAACUGCAAACAUCGCCGCAGUUUCCACAAGCUCCAGUUAGUCAACAGCAGCAAUUGCCAACAGCUGGCAGCAAUCUCGAGUUGCAUCAUCAGAACUUUUUAGAUUUGCGUAACUAUGCGAGCUCGCAGCAACAGUUGCCACAGCGCCACAAGCAAUUUCCCGAUGCACGCCUGCAAUCCCACGCUAACUACCAGCAACAGCAGCACCCACAACAGCAGCAGCAAUUUGGCUUCCAGCAGCCUCAACAGUUUGCGCAACAGACCACACAGAAGUUACCCAGUCAGGCGCCCGUGCCGACGUUCCAAAGCGUACAGCAGCAGCAGCAACGACCACAGCAGCAGCAACAAGCGCCACAGCAGCAGCAAUAUCAGCUGACACCACAGUUAGGUUUGCCCGUUCCCAACAUCUUCAACAAUGUGCAGUCCACGGCUUUUCCCGUGCAACCCUCACGCGAGACCUUGCAGCAGCACCCACAGUUCCCAGCGCAACAGCAACAGCAACAUCAGUUCGUCAGCAAUGGCCCACAGCCCCAGGCCGCAGAUCAAGAGUACAAGCAAAAGCUGAUACAAAAGCACGAACAAUUCGUAGCCAAGCAGUAUGAGAAGUCGCAGCACAAGGUGCGCCAGCAACACGAGGAGUUCCUGGCCAAGCAGCAUGCCAUCAAGCAGCACGUGCUGCCCACCAUCAUCAGUCAGCACAACAACUUCCCAGCCCAGCAGCUUCACCAGCACCAACAGCAGCAGCAGCAGUUUGGUCCACCACGCGGUCGCCCCGUCGCCCAUGCCACCGAGUACAAUCAGUUCAAUAGCGCUUUGCAGCAAUACUACAAAGAGCAUCCGACGACGACAACAACCACCACGACAACUACUACAACCACUGAGGCUAAGCACCACGCCCAAGAAGAACGUAUCUACUCGCAGGUCAAGGCCGAGCUGGGCAAGUAUGCCACACAGAAGGCAACGGCCAAGAAGCCAGUCAAGACCAUAGCACGCGAUGAGCUGCUCAAGCAACUGAAGGCAGCAUUGUCCGAGGCUCCGCAGCAACCACUGAGUGGCAACAAGACCUACGAUGAGAUGGACCUAGUGCUGCCCAAUGGCCAGCGCGUGCAGGUGAUACGCACCACGGAUCCCAAUCUGGUGCAGGGACAGCAAGCCUAUUCGCAGGAUCAGCUGCAAACUCUGCUGGCGCAGCAGGCGCUGGGCAAUGCCGAUGCCAAGCUGAGCUUAAGCGAUGUGGCGCCCAGUGGCAGCAAGGAUUUGGCGCUGCCUGGCGGCGGCAAGGUGCAGAUCUUACGCUCACCCGAUCCCCAAGAGUCCGACUCGCUGCCAGUGCAGGCGCUGCCCGGUGGCGUUGAUCUGUCCAGUCUGGCGUCGCUUUAUGGAGGCGCAGCUAGCGAUAUACAGGGCAUUAGCAAUGGCGCCAAUAGCAUUGCCAGCUCGGCAGUGAUUACCUCAGACUCCGAUGAGCCACCGUCGCUGGAGGAGCUGGCCAAGCGCGGUCUCAUACCCGAUGGCUACGAAAUCGAGGGCUUGAGCUCCAAGUCCGCUACGUCCGCACCGCCCACGUUGCCGCCCAAAAAGAAGGCCACCUAUGUGUAUCUGGAGGAGCAGGCCGAUGGCAGCUUCAAGAUCCAGGGCGUCAAGGCCAAUGGCGAGAAGGAGACCAAGCAAACGGGCGCCGAGGUGGAGAGCAUACUGGAGCGCAUACGCGGCGGCGAAAUCAAACUGCCGCCCUCGGUCUACCGCUUGACCCUGCCCAAUGAUGAGGUGGUCGAGAUCAAGAGCGGCAAGAUUAUCCAAACCACCACAACACGUGCGCCAGCCAGCACCACACGCUUCAGCAGCACCACCACAACAACAACCACUCCAGCGCCUUUCUUCUCACGCGCCACGCCCAUCAACCAUCGCCAGUACCAUCCCUCACGCCUAAGCAGCACCACCAGCACUACAACCACCACCACCAGCACCACAAGUACGCCGUAUACGUCACGCUUUGGCAGCACCGCCGCCAGUUUGACUCGCACCACUCCAGCACCCAUCUACAGUCCAGUCACAGUGUCCACCACCUCGCCCUACAGCGCCAGCGUUUCCACCCACCUGCCCGUGGUCACGGAGCGCCUGUCGGACAUCACCCAGACCCCUGAUGUGCCCGCCCAGACUGAAGCCCAAUACGCCGAUGCGCUGGUGCAGGAGACCGAGAACACUGAGAAAGCCGCCUCGGUGCUGGCCAAUCCCAGCGAGGAUCUGCUGCACAUACUCAAGCAGAACGGACUGUUCGCCAUGGCCAAGUAUUUGCGUCAGAGCGGCCUGGACAGCAUACUCAACGAAACGGGACCCUACACCAUCUUUGUGCCCACCGAUAAGGCGUUCAAGAAUCUGCUGGUGCAGCUGGGCGGACCCGAAAGAGCCGAGGAGAAGUUCCGCUCCAAUCCCAGACUGCUGAGUGGUUUGCUGUUGCAUCAUGUUAUUCCCGGUGCCUUCGAGAUAGCCACGCUGCAGGACGAAAUGACGGGCGUUUCCCUGGCCGGCACCCAGCUGCGCGUCAAUCAAUACAAAAUGCACGAUCAGGAGUGGAACGAUGUUACUCUGACCACCAUUAACGGCGCCAUGGUUGUGCUUAACAAGAAGGACAUUAAGAUCCCGCAGGGCGUGGCACAUGCCGUGGAUCGCGUCAUGUUCCCACUGCCAGUGGGUGAUCUGCUCCAAACGCUGCAGUCGGAUCGCGAGGGUCGCUUCUCCAACUUCCUAAAGAUUCUCUACACCUCUGGCCUGUCCGAGAAGCUGCAAAGCAAAGGCGUUAAAACCUACACUGUGUUCGCUCCCGUGGACAAGAGCUUCAGCGAACUGGACUCGGACACGCUGGAGAAACUGUAUACGGACAAGGAGGCCGCCGAGCAGUUCGCCAUGAAGCACAUUGUGCCCGGCGCGCUCUUCUCGGCCGGCAUGCGCUUCUAUCAGGUGAAGGACUCGCUCUACACUGGCAAGACGGUUGUGCUCCAGAAGACCUCCGCCGGCAAGAUCAAGGUGAACGAUGCCCAGAUGGUCACAUCGAAUAUCCCAGCCACCAAUGGCGUCAUUCAUGCCCUGGACGGUGUGCUGGCGUGAAGCGUGG